CGGGGGCCGUGCACCUGUGCCCGCCGCCCGAGCCCCGCCAUGGCCAAGCGGCGUGCGGCCGAGCCGCUGGUGUUCCACGCGCCCUGGAAGCGGCUCCUGCGUGGCCUUCCCGACGGGCCGCCGUGCUGGGUGUCGCCGCCUCGCAAACGCAGAAUGGACGCGGCGGCGGCCGUGGCCGAGCCUCCGCCUGAGCCCCGCAAGCGCCGUGGCGGCGGGCAGCCGGAGGGCCGCGGCCUGGACACGGGCGAGCCGCCCCCACGGGCUCCGGAGCCCGGGGAGCAGCCGGACGCCCGGGCCCCCAGGGGCGGCGGCGACGGCGGGGCGGGACGCGGGGGGUCCCCGCGGGGAGACUGGGGUGCCGCGCCGGAAAGGCUUAAUGAAGAAUUUUGGCAGUAUAACACCUUUCAGUACUGGAGGAACCCUUUACCACCUAUUGAUUUGGCAGAUAUUGAAGCUGUGAAUGAGGACAACUUGGCAAAAGCAAAGCUCCAGGGCCAGAGUGAAGUGGUGGAGGUUGAUAUGGAGUCCUGACAGAAGCAACUGAAGAAAUGAGGUUUUCUGCAUCUGAAGAGACAUCUUUAAAUGAAUUCAUGUGUUCUUACAAAGAAAAGUUAUUUUCCAUACUUGGUAUAUUGUUCCCAAACUUGAAAAAAUGAGGAAAAGGAUAAAUCUUUUAAAAGAUAAAUGUCUGUAGUUACUACUCAACCUUCUGAUAGGGAUUUAUGAAGGAUAUAGUGCAGUUAUAGGAAGUGUUUUAUGUAUGCAUUCCAAAAGAACAUUUUUUUGUCUCGAUUUUCACUUUGGAGAUAAAAGGAGUUCUGGUAGUUUUAAAAGUAGAUUGGGAAGUACUCAGAAUAUUCCCUGUUUGCACACAAAAAAGCUGGUUUGUGGUACAUAAAAUGAAUAUUGCUUUAUAAUAACUGUAAUUAAUAAAAUGUUUUCUGAUAAAAAAAAAA